AUGGCGGACGACUCCGAUAUUCCACCACUAGAGGACAUGACUGAAGUCCUAAAACAAGCAUCUGCUAUCAGGACAGGAAUGUUGGACACAGCAAGUGGUGAUAAGCCCACGUUAAAAACUGGCAGUGUCAAAGAUAGAGCCAAAGUGAGGAAACCUGUGACAGCGAAGGCAAUUAAUCUGCAGGCAGCAACGGCAGUUGCUGGGCAGACUGUAAACUGUGAAGUAGCAGUGGGUGGUCAUAAGGAGAAAUCCACUGUCACAUCUGUACUACCAACAACAGCAUCAGCAACAUCCUCUCAACCACCAAAAUCAACAAAAGCUUCUGGGGCAUCAAGUGGGGAAGUGUUUGGAGGACUGAAGAAGGGUUUUCUCUUUGGAGGCUCAUCUGCGGCUAGCAGUCAUAAAAAGAAUGUUGAUCCAGUAAAACCAGCACAGUUAAAAGCAAAGACAUCUGACACAGCAAAGAAAGACAGCGAUAUCCCUUUCAUUUCUCCACAGUCAGGGAAAACUCAGUCAGACCUGACAUUAGAUGAAGUUCAACAAGCAAUGUCAGAAGCUAAAGGACUGUUAGAUAAUCCAGACUGGAUCAGUGAUGACUUACUAGACAAGGUUGAAAAAAAUGAACUGCUUUUGAAGAGGUUUGCAGACCCACAUUUUAUGAAGGCUCUGGAGGAGUUCCAGACAAAUCCUGUUGCUGCGAUGGAAAAGUAUAAAGGAAAUAAAGAGGUGGAGAAGUUUCUUAUGGAGUUCUGUGGCUUGCUUGGUGAUCAUUUUACCAAGCUAGGUGAUGGUUCGGCCAGCACUUCAAGAAAUACAAAUCCAGGUGUUGGCGACUUGCCUCCACCACGAGUGCAGAAAAUGCCUGAAAAUUUGGAUAAAAAACCAAAGCCAAAAAUCAUAGAACUUGUGGACGGUGAAUCAGAAUUGGUUCAGUUUAAGGAACAGACAAAAGACAAUGAUAAAAAGGCAGCUAAAAUUACAGAUAUUCCAGAUAGUGAACAUUCAUCGAAAGUUGCACCUGAGUUAAGUCUUCCGAAAUCAACAAAACGUUCAGCAGCAGAUAUCAGGCUUCCUACUGCAGAUAAACAGGCUGAUAUCCAGGAAAUUCCAGCAGAUGAAGAUGCCAAGGUCAAGGAAGUGCUGAAUGACCCUCGGGUGAUGGAGACACUUCUCGACCCCAGAAUUAUGAACUUGAUUCAUCUGUUGCAGUCGGACUAUAAACAAGCACAAAGGAUUGUCGAUACAGCUAAUGGAGACUUCAAAGAGAAAAUAACAUUUCUAAUACUGAAAGGGCUGUUGAAGUUCCAGGCUGACUAA